GCACCAUAAAGUCGCGCCUCACGGUUACCCACCCCAACAACAGAACACCUUGAGAAACAGCUCGUACCCUCCUCCUCCGGCUCGGCGGCCUCGCCACCACCACCGCCACCAUGCCGGGGAUCCACGCUCCUGCUGCUGCUGCUGCUUCCAUCUUCUCCCCCGCGUACUCCUUCUCUUUCGACGAUGACGACGGAUUCGGAGACUUCAAGUUCGCCUCCUCCGUCCAACCUUUCCCGUCUCACCCACCGCCGCCGCCAACGCAGCAGCAGCAGCAGCAGCAGGACGAUUACGACUGGGGCGAUUUCGUCGUCAGCCCGAUUGGAUCUCACCCCGUCGAGUCCCCAUCUCCGCCGCCCCUCUUCGACGCCUUCCCUCCCCUGUACGCCGCCGCCUCUGACAUGAUCGCCGGUGUCAAGCAGUGGGAGAAGCCCAGCGGUGCCCUGCCGCUAUCGAUCUUUGGGGAGGAGGAGGUGGAUGAGCCGGAACCUCUCCAUCCGCCCGUCCUCUUCUCUGCUUCUUUAUCUUCUUCGAUCCCGGCCAGAGAUCGCAAGGGACCUGUCGCCGCGCAUGGAGAGUUGAGGGAUCUGAUCACCAGUCUCUAUGGACAAGCUCCCCAACCGGUCGGUGGCGACAACGAUGGCCUUUGUUUGGCCGAGGGGAAGGAGGACGAUUCCGACGAGAGCUCCUGGGAAUACAAGGACGCCUCUUCCUCGUCGCCCAAUUCGGUGCUCAAGGAAGAUGGAAUACGAAACGAGAAAUCUGGUCUUCAAUGCACCGAAACUGCGGAUUUUAGAGAAAUCGAGGUUACCAGAAGCAUGCGAGAAAGUAACCUAGAUGACUGGCCUAUUCAUUCUCACAGCAGUGUUAAAGAAGAAUCUGAUGUAAGCCCAUAUCAUGAUAAGAAUGGGUAUUUCUAUGAACCUACAUUUGUGGGGAGUGCAACUAAGGAUAUAAUUUCUGGUCCAUCUGCUGGUCUUAGUAACAACAUACUGGACUUGUUUAUUGAGGUUGAUCAGGAGGAUGCUAUUUACUCUGAAAAAGAUGCCACAAAGAAGGGACAAAACUCAGAUAUGGUUGACUCAGUGCAGAGGGAUCAUGAUCUUGGUGGAACUCAAUGGAAGUUCCUAAAGACUUUGGAAUUAGUGGUUAGCAAUCAGGAUCCUGCAUGUGAAAUAAAUAAAUAUCAUUCAACUAAUUUGUCAUACAACACUCCUGUUGAUCUUUACCACAGACUGAAAGAUGAAUCGAUAUUCUUGUUAAAUUGCCAUCUCGAUAAUCUCGAGAAAGCAUAUGGAGUUGCUUCUCUUUCUGGUGAACAAAUUAUAGAAAUGAAAAGAAAAGAGGAAAUUAAGGCUGUUUAUAAGAAGCUGGAAGAAGCUAAGGGCACUAGAAAUAUUAUAAGGGGGGAGCACCUACCAGUAGAUGUUUAUGUUCGUCAACUGCUUAAAGCUGUAGAAGAACCAAACUUUCGAGCAUUUGAGCAAGAAUAUCACCUAUCAGAAAGAAUCUUGUCAGCAGGGAAAGAGGCAAGUGCAGCAAUUGAACUUCUUGAGCAUACCACCUCAGUACUUCACAUUCUGGCAUUAGCAUCCAGGGAGGAGCAGCGUGCUUAUAUUGAUGUAUGGUCUAAUAUGGCUGUGGCUUGUGUUCAAGAGUUGCAGCAUGGUGCCAAGAUUUGGCAAAUUCGUUACUCAUCAGCACUGAAUAUCUUUCCUCCUGGCAAAAUUUCAUCCCCUGCAGAAGCUAAAUAUUUCAUUGCCCUUGGAGAGAUUUAUAGAGUUACGGAAGUAUUAAGAGCCUCCAUGAAACGUUACAAGCCUUGGAUAUUACUUAACUGUGGUAGCUUAAGCAAAUUAUCAACAAGCUUGGAUAAGUGUGCGGAGGCAUGGACUAUCUCUGGUCUGGAGGAAUCUCUUAAAAAAUUUUCCAAUGCCAAUGAUGCAGAAUAUGCUGGUUUGGCCAAAGCACUCCUUGCAUCCAUCAAAAUCAUUCGUGAUCUUGAUCUCUCUCACUAUUCUUUUAAUCACGACAGAAGAAUUUGCAAAUUAUCAUUAUUUUCCAUGGAAGAAUUACAAGAUAUGAAAAUGGGGCUAUGGUGUGGGGAAUAUUAUUUUGUCAAGCUAGCAAAUCUCUGGGCCAAUCGGAUAUCUUGUGAUCCUCCUCAGUUGCCAUGCUUACAUGUCUAAUAAUAUGAGAGACUCAGAGACUUGCAAAGGCACCCAGUCAAGGAUUCUAAUGAAACCACAAGUGUCGGAAAAUCUUCAUUUCAUAUGAAGCAACAAGAAUCAUGCUGCAACAUCAUCGGUCUUAAAUGAGAAAGAAUAAUCGUAAACCCAACCCUGAGUUUGUCGUCCACCAUUCAUUCUUAUGGUCGAUUUCCUUUUCAGAAUUCUAGUCCAUAGAAAUGCAGUUUGUGGUUGUAAAUCGUGACUCUAUUCUUUCUAUUCUUUUGAUGUAUAUAAAGACACAAUCGGUACUUGUUAUUUUGUUAUUCUGGAUUCUCGAGUCUUCAAAAGAAUCUUGUAUUUGACGACACAAGACUUUUUUGGUUUGAUGAGUAGAAGAGUAAGAAGGAAAAAAGAAGUGAAGCAUACGAGUCUUUUUAGGUA